AUGGCUUCCCGUGACAACAACUCCGUCAUCUUGCUCGCCGAGGAGGAGGUCCGCCAGGUCUACUACUUCUGGACGUGCCACAUCUGCGGCGGGGGGCCCUUCUGGGUCUCGACGACGCCCGGAUGUGUUCUGUGCGGCCACUUCCGCUGCACCUCUUGCAGCGUCGCCUCCGAGACGUCUUGCGAACAUGGAACAGGGCUUGUCUCUGUCGACGGGAGGAAAGGGUGCGUCGACGGUAGCGCCUGGUGGUGGUGCCUACGCGACGUGCCUUUUGAUAUGGACGUUCACUCCGCUUCUUGCAUGUCUUGCUACAACUGUCCGGCCUUGAAGGCGGCCGCAUAUCAGGGUGUUGGCGCAGAAAAGCGGAGGUUAGAGGUCGGUCCCAGGACAAAGGGGAUGCUUGACUGGUGCAGGUCGCCCGUCAGCAGGAAACACUUCUCUUUCUAUCUCUUAUGUCUGUCGGUCUCAUGUCCUUUUCCUUGA